CAUGGGACCCCAGCAUUUGAGACCCAUGCAGCUGCUCUGCCUCCUAGGGGCCAUCUCCACUCUGCCUCGGGCUGGAGCUCUUUUGUGCUAUGAAGCAACAGCCUCAGCCUUCAGAGCUGUUUCUUUCCACAACUGGGAAUGGCUUCUGAUGAGGAGUAUGGUGUGCAAGCAGAGAGAAGGCUGCGAAGAGACGCUAGUGUUCAUUGAGGCAGGGUCCAGAAGAGGAGUUGUGGGUUUUAAAGGCUGCAGCUUAGCCUCGUCUUACCCACCGCAAGUCUCCUACCUUGUUUCCCCACCUGGAGUGUCCAUUGCCUCCUAUAGCCGAGUCUGCCGGACUUAUCUCUGCAACAACCUUACCAGUUUGGAGCCGUUUGUGAAACUAAGGGUCAAAGGUCCUAAGUCUGUAGCCUCUUCUACGCAUACGUGCCCAACCUGCGUGGGCAUGCACACUAAGACUUGCCUCCCAAAUUUUGUCACCAAUGAUGGUUGCCCCUACAUGGCACCUGUGUGUUAUAGUUCCACCUUAAAAUUUCAGGCAGGGUCUCUCAAUUCCACCUUCCUCCUCAUGGGCUGUUCUCGUGAACAUCACCAGCUUUUAUCAGAUUUUCAGCAUAUUGGGAGCAUCAGAGUGACCGAGGUCCUCAACAUCUUAGAGAAGUCCCAGAUUAUUAGUGCAGGGUCUUCCAGGCAGCACCCUGCUUGGGGCAUCCCUUUAGGCCUCCUACUUGCCUUCAGAGACUGA